UCCAGUUAAAAGGGUGGGAGCGGCCGCGGGCCCACCUCGGUGGAGUCUCCGGACAGCUGGUGCCGCACCGCCCGUGAGCAUCUUGGCCUCAGUCAUGGCUUGUGGUCUGGUCGCCAGCAACCUGAAUCUCAAACCUGGAGAGUGCCUCCGCGUGCGGGGCGAGGUGGCCCCAGAUGCCAAGAGCUUUGUGCUGAACCUGGGCAAAGACAGCAACAACCUCUGCCUGCACUUCAACCCUCGCUUCAACGCCCACGGGGACGCCAACACCAUCGUGUGCAACAGCAAGGACGGCGGGGCCUGGGGGGCCGAGCAAAGAGAGCCCGCCUUCCCCUUCCAACCCGGGAGCACAGUGGAGGUGUGCAUCUCCUUCGACCAGACUGACCUGACCAUCAAGCUGCCAGAUGGACAUGAAUUCAAAUUCCCCAACCGGCUCAACAUGGAGGCCAUCAACUACAUGGCAGCCGAUGGUGACUUCAAGAUCAAGUGUGUGGCCUUUGAGUGACACCACGCGGCCCCUGGCCCCUAAUAAAGGCAGCUGCCUCUACUCCUGAA